UGCUUGUCUUCGCCCACCAAGUCGACCCAAUCAAGACUCUCUCUCAACUGUUCCCGCCCAUAGACGUCAAGUCUCCCAACAUUCAUCGAGUCUGGGCAAAAACGCCACGCACAAACCCCAUUUUACCUUAAUCCCACGACUUCUACCUACCUACCUACCUACUCCAGCGAGCUGGAAAAAAAGGACGGAAAACAAAAUCGAAACGUGAAAUCCAAAGACGGGGCCGAGUUGUAAUCCAACAGAGUUGCGUACUGAGCUACCAUACCUAGCUUUACCACAGCUUCCCCACGUCGCCGCGCAUACCCACUGAAAACCUUCCUUCUCCGCUCUCGAACCCUAUUCUCGCCGCCGUUGCGGCUUUCUUCAACUUCUGAUCAUCAUGGCCAAGUCGGCCGUUGUCGAGGCUAACGGCCACCACACAACCACGGCCAACAAUCAAUGCAACAACAAUGCCAUCCCCAAAGACCCCGCUAUUGGCCCGGCCCAGUCAGAGAACCACAAAAUCCUCUUUCUCAACCUACGAUACCGCGGUGACGAUGCUGAAACAAGCAAUGCCUCUGCCACCGCCCUGAUCCAAAAGCUUCGCCCGGACUGGGGCUCUGAGAUUGACUUCCGUCGCUUCACGGACGGCAUCACCAACACCCUGCUGCAGGCCCGCCCACGGCACGCCGAGCCUCUCCCUGGCGAGUCCCAAGACGACGCCCGCGACCGCGAGGCCAUCCUGCUGCGCGCCUACGGCAACGGCACCGACCUCAUAAUCGACCGCAACCGCGAGGCGCAGAACCACGAGCUGUUGUCAAGGCACCGCCUGGCCCCAGAGCUGCUGGCGCUUUUCGAAAAUGGCAUGCUCUAUCGCUUCAUUCGCGGGCGCGUGACGGCGCCCCAGGAUUUGCGCCGCCCAGAAAUAUACAGGGCCGUCGCCCGCCGUCUUGCACAGUGGCACAGCACUAUACCUUGCUUGCCCAUGCCUAAGAAGCAGCAGCAAGCUCAAAGUACCACAAACGGCGGUCAAACCCGCAUCGACGAGAUGGUCCCUGGAAAGUUGCAGCCCAACGUCUGGACCGUCAUGCAAAAAUGGAUUUUGGCCCUGCCGACCGAGACAAGCGCCCAGCGCGAACGCCAGACCAGCUUACAAAAGGAGCUUGACAGGGUAGUGGCUGAGUUUGGCCAGCGUCCGGGUUUGGGCCACGACGGCUUGGUCUUUGCACACUGCGACCUACUCUCGGGUAAUGUCAUAGUCCUACCGAAGCCUGCCGCGACCGCAAAGAGCCCUGCCGCCGCCAACUCCGCCGAUGUAUCGGUGACCUUUAUCGACUACGAAUACGCAACCCCGUCCCCUGCCGCCUUUGAUCUAGCCAACCACUUUGCCGAGUGGGGCGGUUUUGACUGCGACUUCUCGGUGCUGCCAACCAGGGCACAGCGACGCGAAUUCAUAAGGGAGUACAUUCGGGUGUACUUUGGCAACGGGGGUGGUGACGAGGAUGACCAUGAAGACGCCGCCGAGGACCUUUUUGCUGAGGUAGAUGUUUACCGUGGCCUGCCAGGCUUCUAUUGGGGCAUUUGGGCGCUCAUCCAGGCAACCAUCUCCACUAUCGACUUUGACUACGCUUCAUAUGCUGAGACGAGGCUGGGCGAGUACUGGGCUUGGAGGGCAGAGCAGGAUGGAUCGCGCGUCAAAGAGGGUAGGGAGAUGCCUUUGCGCGAAAGACGAUGGGCACAGGAGGAGUGAUUCCCCAAGCCAUCUCGAUCCGAUCAGUAUUCCCAUCUUUUUGUGCCUCAAGCGGCUUCAUUUUACGACUCCAACUUUUUUUUUCAGGAAUACCUUGGCCAGCACAAGCAGCAUUUUAGACCAUACCUUUUUUAAUGAGGAUCGGCCGGGACCAUGCUACAACGGCUUGUAUAUCUUGCUUGGUUUUUUCCUUCCUAGGGGAGCGGCGCAGGUCGAGUUUUUAGUCAGCACAAUGCUCAUUCCUUGGCAGGAUCCGAUUCAUCAUCAGAGCAUUCUUGAGGGGGAUUGGGGAAUCUGGCUGGUAUUCACAUAAAAGGGGAAAUCAUCGAAGACUAAAGGUGGGGGGCUUUAUUUUUUAUCACUUUUUUACACCUGUUUUCUUUAUAUGACACGCGAUGACAUUCAACAUGCGUUUGUAGUUGCCUCACGAUAGCGGAAGCUUUUUUUGUAUGACCCUCAAUAAAUCAUUAAUUUUCUUGACUUACCAAGCG